UGAAUUGUGACUUAAAGCUGCCAGCUGCCUGCCGCCUGCCUGCCAACUCUCAACUCUCAACUCCCCACAAAACUUGCCUAUCAGUAGUGAAUGGCAUCCACUGAUUUGUUGUAAUUCAUUCUUCUCAGUUCUCCUCUGCCCAAAACAUGGUCGCUGCAGCCUAAAACAUGGAAAGUUAUGCAUUGGCUCUAUCUCCCUUGUCUACACAGUUUCAGAGGUCUCCUCACCUCUUCAAAAACCAAUCUUGUAGGUUCAGUAUAUUAGGUUUGAAGCAGGAGGCUUUUCAGAAAUCAUCAAUUCACUGGCUACACAAACCCACAUGCCUGCGUUUAUUCUCCAGCUUCAAUGGCUUCACCACCGGCAACGCAAAACCACAUUCUCUACUGCACUUGAAGGGCGGCGGUGGCGGCGCCGCCGCAGUUCCGGAAAAUGCGGAAGGGUUUAGGGCAGAGAAGCCGGCGGCGAGUGAAUUUAUUAAGACUCUGCAGCUGGGCGCCAUGUUUGGAAUCUGGUAUCUCUUGAAUAUCUACUACAACAUUCUCAACAAACAGGUUUUGAAGGCGUACCCAUUCCCAGCAACCAUUACAGCUUUCCAAUUUGGGUGUGGGACGCUGAUGGUUUUCCUCAUGUGGGCUUUCAAUCUCCACCCUAAACCAAAUAUCCGUAGAUCUCAGUUUGCAGCAAUCUUUUCACUGGCAGCUUUGCAUACAAUGGGCAACCUUCUAACAAACAUCAGUCUUGGUAAAGUUGCAGUCUCCUUCACUCACACAAUUAAAGCAAUGGAACCUUUCUUUACUGUUCUUCUCUCUGCUGCACUUCUUGGUCAGUGGCCAUCUCUGUGGGUGGUAUUGUCCCUAGUUCCCAUUGUUGGUGGAGUGGCCUUGGCUUCAUUCUCUGAGGCUUCUUUUAACUGGAUAGGCUUUGGCAGCGCAAUGGCAUCCAAUCUCACUAACCAAUCUCGUAACGUGUUUAGCAAAACCUUCAUGCUUAAGGAGGAGGAAGCUCUUGACAAUAUAAACCUCUUCUCAGUCAUGACCAUCAUUUCAUUCAUCCUUUUGACAAGCUUUGCAGUUUUGAUGGAAGGUGCCAGAUUCACUCCAUCCAAUCUACAAUAUGCUGCAAGCCAAGGAUUCAGUGGUAGGGACUUGUGGGUGAGAUCCCUCUUAGCUGGUUUCUGCUUCCACUCUUACCAACAGGUUUCAUACAUGAUACUACAAAUGGUUUCCCCAGUGAGCCAUGCAGUGGGGAACUGUGUUAAGAGAGUGGUGGUCAUUGUAUCAUCAGUCAUAUUCUUCCACACUCCUGUUUCACCAAUAAACUCUCUGGGAACAACCAUUGCUCUUGUUGGAGUAUUCCUUUAUUCAAGAGCGAAGAGACUAAAGCCAAAAAUCGCGUGAUAGACAAGUCAGCAAGUUGGGUUGUAAUUAACUCUCCAUCUAGUGACAAAGUUAUUGCAAUUCAAGAGACUGUAGAUUGAAAAAAUUUUGCGUAGGACUUAUAGUUCAUGUUACUAUUUUUAUUCUAUGAUUGAACUCAAUUAUUACUAUCCAAAUACUCUGAUUUUGUUAAAAUUUUUGUUUGCUAAA